AUGCAGCAAGAAGAAGAGCAGCAAGGGGUCCUGCACGCAGCAGCAGCAAACCCCGCAGCUGAGGUGUCUCCCUACGCAGAUGCAAAGAAAAUAGAAGAAGUGCUGCAGCUGCAACGCGAAUUAGAGAGCAAGCCGCAGCUGCAGCAGCUGCAGCAGCUGCAGCAGCUGCAGCAGCUGCCUGCUGCAGACUCCGAUGAUGAAGAGGCAAUGAUCUUCUCUGCCUUCCCUCCACCACCAAAUGCUGCUGCUGCAGCAACAGCAGCAGAUGCACCAGCAGCAGCAGAGAACACUGCGCUGCAAGCAGCAGCAACAAUGCAUGCAGCAAGCGAUGCUGCUGAGCAGCACAGCAGCAGUUCCUCCUUAGAACAAGAAGCUGCUUCUGCAGCCAGCAGCAGCUGUACAUACACCGCAUCAAAGCUGCCUUCUUCUCUAUAUUCUAAUGAGCAGCAGCAGGGCCCCCAGGGACCCCCGCAGCAAGGGGCUGAGUUGUCGCCCUAUCAGGGAGAAGUAGAGACAGCUGCUGCUGCUGCUACACCUGCUGCUGCGCCGGCUGCUGCUGCACCUGCUCCUGCUGCUGCGCCGGCCGCCCUGAGGGGCUUUCUCCGGCUCAGCACGGCUGCAGCAGGAACAGAAGCAGCAGCAGCAGCACCAAAACCAGCAGCAGCACCUGCUGCGCAAUUCGUUGUUUGUGGGUUGAAGCCGCUGGCCGCCCCAGCAGGCAGCAGCAGCAGCAGCAGCAGCAACAGCAGCAACCAGACACACGAGGAGACAGGAGACACCUGGCAAGAGCGUCCUUGUGCCCUUAUCCUGCAGCCAGAGGCCCUUCAGGAGGCCGCCGAACUGCUGCAGCAAACCACUCAGCAGAAGCAGCAGCAGCAGCUGCAGCAGAAGCAGCAGCAGCAGCUGCAGCAGCAGCUGCAGCAGCAGCUGCAGCAGCAGCUGCAGCAGCAGCAACAGCAACAGCAGGAGCUAGCCAAGCUGCUGAGAGACACCACAGCGAAGGCUAGCCGCUACAAGGAACGAUUGCUGCGGGUGAAGGAUGAGAAGCGUGAGCUUCUGCAGACGUUGCUGCAGCUGCAGCAGCAGCAGCAGCAGCUGCAGCAAGAGGUGGAGCGAACGGCGCAGCAAUUUCAGGCGCAGCAAGAGGCAUGGGGAGAGAAAGACAAGCAGCAGCGGCAGCAGCUAAACGAACUCGCGCAACAACUUAAGCUGAAUGCACUUGAGCUAGAGGCCCUGCGCAGCACCACCAAGGGUCAUGAAGCGGCUGCUGCUCACCAGCAGCAGCAGCAGCAGCAGCAGCAGCAGCAGCAGCCUGGGAGGGGAGGAAGGGGGCUCGAUACCGAUAAGGAAACAACUUCGGCCUUGCGGCAGCGGGCCUUCACUGCUUCUGCUUCGCGCUUAGCUCAGCGAAGCACCCAACCAGCAGCAGCAGCAACAGCAGCAGCAGCAGCAGCAACCCCGCGUCUCCGCAGCAAAACUGAAUUUAAGGGCAGCCGCUUCAAUCCCCCGCUUGAGCAGGAAAUGAGUGCAGCAGAGAAAGAAGAGACAGCAACUGUCUCAGCCUUAAACUCACAGGCCGCUAAGAAGAACCCCUUGUUCAAGCUGCUGCAGCAGCAGCAGGAGCAGCAGGAGCAACAGCAGCAGCAACUGCUGCUGCUGCUGCCACAGCAGGAGACAGAUGGGGGCCGUAGGGUUAAAGCCAGUGCAACCACAAAACAGCAGCAGCAGCAGCAGCAAAUGCGGCUCAGGACGCAGACAGCGCACAUAUCCUCCCCGUCGCUGCAGCAGCUGCAGCUGCAGCUCAGCAGCAGCUCCUUCCCCCUUCAGCAGCAGCAGCAGCAACAACAACAAAUAGAUGAGGAUGGCUGCAGCAAACGAACCGCUUCAACUCCUCCCCAAGGAAGAUCAAAGAGCUGCUUCUUGCGGAGUCUCCCUACACGAGGAGACCUGUCUCCUUUUAGCAGCGGCUUCGAUGGGGGCCUCAGCAGGGCCCGCUUGCAGCAGCAUCAUCAGCAACAGCAGCAGCAGCAGCAAGACGAAGACGAGGAGGCACUUGUGCACUGGGAGGCUCAGGCUUUGAACUCAAACGAAGGAGACAAAGAGGAGACAGACAACUCCCCCUCUACUCUCCUCUUAGAUGAAACCAACUCAGAAGAGGUCUCUUCAGACUCUGGGGGCCCCCUAGGGGGCCCCCUAGGGGGUCCCCUAGGGGCCCCUAUAGGGGCUUCUAUAGGGGCUUCCAUAGGGGGUUCUAUAGGGGGUUCUAUAGGGGGCCCUAUGGGGGGCCUUCAGCCUGUAGGGGGCCCCCCUAGGGGCCCCCGGUCUGUUAGGGGCCCCCUAGGGGGCCCCUCCAGAGGGGUACGGGCACGCAGCUGUUUUGUAUCAAAGGCUUUAAAGGAAGGAGGAGGAGACAGCGAAGGAGACAGCGAAGGAGACAGCGAAGGAGACAGCAGAGGAGACAGCCGAGGAGACAGUCGAGGAGACAGAGGCAGAUAUAAACUCAGGAGCGCAACUCAGCUGCCACUGUCUCUUGAAAAGCAAGUAGAGAGUAUACGUCGACAGCUGCUUUAUGCAAAUGGAGGAGACAGGCUUGCAGGCCUCACGCACAAGCAACAGCAGCAGCAGCAGCAGCAGCAGUUGCUGCUGCUGCAGCCGCAGCAGUCUUCGGAAGAAGAAGACGCCCCUGCUGCUGCUGCUGCUGCUGCUGCUGCUACGCGGGGCAUCGAAGCAACGGGUAUGCGGGAGGCGAGAGAGAAGCAGCAAAACAGUAAAGAGACAGGGAAGGCCCUAAGGGCUAGAGCAGCUUCAGCUGCACCAGCAGCAGCAGCAGCAGCAGCAGCAGCAGCAGCAGUAAACAAACCUUCUGCCUCCUCUUUCACUCGAACCCGCGGUCAUACAGUCUCCGCUGAGAAGCUGCAGAGACACCCCAGCUGGCAGGCGGAAGGGGCGCAGCAGCAGCAGCAGCAGCAGCUCGCCUGGGAGGCAACAGGCCGCGAACACCCCACACAGCAGCAGCAGCAGCAACAGGAACAGCAGCAGCAGCAGCAAGAGCAGGAGGAGGGUCCGGAUGAGUGUUUGGAUUCGGAGGUUAGUCUGCAGUCUGCUGCUGAAGUUGCACAUACAGCAGCAGCAAGACCAGCAACAGGAGCAGGAUCAGCAGCAGGAACAGCAGCAGCAGCAGCGGCAGCAGCAGCAGCAGCAGGAGGUGUGCUGCUGUCUCCUGGUGAAGGGACAAAGAAGAAAGAGAGACAAAAAGCUGUAAGGUGGAAGGGCCGCUCUCUCUCUUGCUGCUUGGGGCCUGAGCAGCGCCACCGUCAGCAGCUGCUGUAUCUGACUCCUACAGGGCAAACGCUGCACCCCAAGAAGCUGCAGCAAGUGCUGCUGCAGCAAGACGAACAGCAGCAGCAGCAGCAGCAGCAGGACCAGCAGCAGCAGCACGAACAGUCGCACCAGAUACUCCACCUCGCUCAAGUACAAGUUAACCCUUACAACAACCCCUUACCUGACUUAGAUCAGCAGCAGCAGCAGCAGCAGCAGCAGGAUAUAAGAAAAGGAGACAGAGAUGUCCAAGGGGAAGCAGCAGCUCCAGCAGCAGCAGCAGCAGACACGGAGACAAGCACAGCAGCAAAUAAAAAGGAAGCCCCAACCCCAAACAGCAACAUGCACAAACAGCAGCAUCAAGAAAAUGACAAACCCCAGGAGACACAAACAGCCAUGCAGCAGCAGCAGCAGCAGCAGCAGCAGCAGCAGUCUGUGCAGGCAGUAGAGGAGGGCGGGCUGAAGCACGAGAAAGAGAAAGCUUGUGUCUCUCCGCUGCUGACAGCUGGUCUUGUGCCUUCACAGCAGCAACAGCAGCAAGAGCAGCAGCUUCUGCUGCAGCAGCAGCAAAAUGUCUCCUGGGUUGCUGCUGCCGCUCCCCUAGCUAGCAGCUGCCUGCCCGACACCCCACAGCUCCCCAGUGGGGCCUUUGCUUCGAGCCCGUGGCUGCUGGAGACCCCCACAACGUUGAGCCCUAGACCUUUGCUGCUGCUGUAUGCCUCAGGCUGCCCGCAGCAGCUGCAGCAGCUGCAGCAGCAGCAACAGCUGCAGCAGCAACAACAGCUGCAGCAGCAGUUGCAGCAGCAGUUGCAACAACAACAACAGUUGCAGUUGCAGUUGCAGCAGCAACAGUUGCAGCAGCAGCAGCAACAGCAGCUGCGGCAACCACCUUUGCUGUUGCUGCAGCGUGAUGCGCUUCCAGACAUACCUCCGAGCUGCCGCCAAUUAGCUGCUCCCCACAGCCACAGCCACAGCAACAGCAACAGCAGCAGCAACAACUGCAGCAGCAGCAGCCAGGCGGGUUGCUUGUGCGCGGUGUCUCCUAUAGAUGCCCUGGAGGAGACAGCUGCAUUCUGGGCCCCACAGACUGAAGGCAGCGUUGCCUAUGAACAGCUUGGCACCGGGGAGAUACCCAUCGAAGCCCGCAGCAGCAGCAGCAGCAGCAGCAGCAGCUGCAGCAGCUGCAGCAGCAGCAGCGAUCACUGGUGCUUGAUUUGUGACACUGCUGCAGCAGAGCUGCAGCAAACAAACAAAAUAAUAAACCCCACAACCCUCCCCACACAGCAGCCACCAACAACCGCAACGCAUGCAAGAGACUCCAAUACCAAUCAACACAGCAGCAGCAGCAGCAGCAGCAGCAGCAGCAGCAGCGCGGAGCCUGCUGAGAAGGGACUAGGGCCCCUGCCUUCUCUCCCUUCAGCGCCCCACAGCGCCAAUCCUCCUGCUGUCUCUGGCGGUGAGCUGCUGCUGCUGCCUCCGUCUCCUCAGAUGCUGCUGCUGCAGGAAAAGCCAUCAGCAGCCGCAGCAGCAGACGCAGCAGCAGCAGCAGCAGCAACAACUGCAACAACGCCAGCACCAUCAACCACAGAGAAGCAGCAACAGCAGCAUCAACAUAACCAUAGCCAGCAGCAGCAUCAGCAGCCGCAGCAACAUCAGCAGCAGCAGCCGCAACAGCAGCAGGU